CUUCUAGGCCCAACAACAAACAAGCAACCAUGCAUAUCUAUCACACCAAUCAAUAUUAUCAUCAUCAAUCAUAAUAAUCAUCACAACAUCUCAUUUAUGAUAAUAUUCUCUAACUCUAGGUUCACAUAAUAUAUUUAUAGUAUACCAUGUUCAUUCACUUAACUAACCACCUAUUCAUGCUACAAUCAUAUCAUAGCAUACCAAGCAAGACCAUCAUAUUAUCAGCCAAGACAAACAAUAAGCAUAGUAACAUCUCAUACUUGCUUGCAUACAAGAACAAGCAUAACCACAAAUCACCUUGGCUUUUCGGACAAGGAAACAACAAACUAUGAUCUCGUCGGGUUUUUUUGGGUCUCUUAGACAAAACCUGAAAUCUAUUUUAACAUAAGCUUCUUAAGAUCUCUUAUCUGUGGGCUUCUAGAGUUGGCUAAACUUUAUCAAUUUGUUACUCCAAGGAUUUCGUGGUUUCUACGAUGAAACUAGUGACUAAUGGCUUAUAUAUAUAGGUCACGGAGGCCGGAUCUGAGUUAGAAGUGGAACCACCAAGCUUACCUCGGAACACGACAUAUUUCAGUGUCAGAGAAACGGCUCAUUGGAAGCAGUUAAAGCAUGAUAAGCAUGUGAGUCACCCUUUGUUGUUGAUAUUUUCCAUGAAACCAUAAGUCCAAGGAAUAAUCUUAGCUUCCCUUUCACUUGGAAACCUCUCUUUCCUUAGGUGAAUUCAAAUCAUGUCUCCUGGUUCCGCCACGAAUUCCGUAUACCCCAUGGUAGCCUUUCUUGAAUAUAUCUUUGUCAUUUCUUCAAUGUUCUUUUGUAUUGACUCAUGUAAAUAUUUCAAAAACUUGGAAUUUCUUUUGCUGUGAAGGUUAGUCUGCUCUUUCAAAGGUAAGACAACCAUGUCUAACAGUGAUAAGAGAUUAAAAUCAUAAACAACCUGCAAAGGAGUUAACUUGGUUGCUGAAUGCACAUAAUGACUAUAAGCAAAUUCUACAUGUGGCAAACAAUCUUUCCAAGUUCUAAUGUUUUUUUUAAUAAUAACACAUAGUAAAGUAGACAAGGUCCUAUUUACUAUGUCAGUUUAGCCAUUUUGUGAAUAAAAUGUAGUUUAAAAGAGCAAAUUGAUAUUAGUUUUCCUCCACAAAGUUCACAAGAACUGACUAAGAAAUUUAGUAAUUCUAUCUUAAACUUGGUCCUAGAUAAUCCAUGCAACCUGAAAAAACUCUCCGAAUAAUAAAUCGGCCACCAUAGUAUACCUGUUCAGUUUAAUAAUAAUAUUGGCUUUGCAUGUAGGAUAAUGAUCACCUAGUUUCGCUAUAUUGGGGAUUUUUUUUUGAAGUUACAUGUUUUGGAUUUUUCUACCUAAUGAAUUUUAAAACCUGCACAUGCCUAUACAUUAGGAAUGUAAGACCUUCCAUGCAACAGCAAAGACUUAAAGAAAAUCGAGGUGACAGUCACAAUGUUUCUAAACGAAAAAAGAAAUUUAAAUUUAAAUGGUGCGAUCUUUCUCUUUUCUUCUUUCUUUUGUGCGGGCUUUGCCACCAUGCAGGUAAGUCUUGUACCUACCAAGGGAACCAACAACGCAGUGCCUUGUAACCCUCAGAGUUCGAGGCUUGCAGCGAUUAAUGGUGCGGAACCUAGGCUCUCGGCCGAACAGAAAUUCAUGCGAACUCGUCCACCAAGCGCUUAUUGCGUGCGUAUCGAAUCAUGCAGCGAACUAAUGACGACAUCUCCAAACUUGCAGUAUGAGACCCGUCCAUUCUCUGUGGGAGGAUUCAACUGGACUUUUAUUCUCCAACCGUUUGGAAACAAGACUAGCGUAGGGGAUUGGAUCUCUGCAUAUGUUGCAAUAGAUCCUUCUGGGCUAGUUGGCGAGAACCGUGAGAUUUAUGCAGAUCUCAGGUUUUUGGUCUAUAGCAAGAGUAAAGAUCAAUACUGGACAUCCAUGGACACAGAGAUAAGACAUUUCCAUCAAUUCAGGACAACUUGGGGAAGUCCAAAUUUUAUUCAAACAAAACAAUUUAAAGCUAAAGAUAAAGAGUACAUUUUCGACGAUGACCAAUGUGUGUUUGGAGUAGACAUCUCGGUGUAUCCUUAUUUUAACCAAUGGGAGAUCUUGUCGAUCGAUAAGACGGUUUAUGGGCCUAACUCAUGGAAGCUUAUGAAAUUCUCGACAUUGACCAGAGACUUUUAUAUAUCUGAUGACUUCUCUGUUGGAGGAAAAAAAUGGGCACUUAAGGUGUAUCCAAACGGUAAUGGUACAGGAGAAGGAAACUCGUUGUCUCUUUAUGUAAUUCUAAGUGAAAACCAAAUCUUGAAAACUUACGAAAAGGUUUAUGUCCGAGCCAAGCUGCGAGUUCUCGACCAAAAACAAUCAAAACAUCUCCAAAAACCAAUUCUAUCAUGGUUUGAUACACCAGGAGAAGGUUCUGGCUUCGAACAGUUCGUGUCUUUCACUGAUCUCCAAAAUCCAGCCAAGGGAUUUAUCGUUGAUGAUAGUCUGACCGUACAAGUUCAGUUCGAGGCUACCUCAUCUACCAAUUAUUAUUCUGCCAAUGCUGCUCAACUUAUGAGUAAUUUGUAAAUAUGCACCUUAUUAAAUCAAUAAAUAAGAGGCGUCCAUUAUAUGCAAGCCGAAAUAUAUAAGUAGUAAAUAUUUGACAGGCUUUCAAAACGUUUAAACGUG